UUUAAAACAAAAGCUGAGUCAUUAUAAUAUCAAUAAGUUUAUAUUCUUAAAAUAUUGAAAAUAAUAACAAAAAAAUUUAAAGCGGCCCAAUAGAGAGAAAUAAAUUUAAAUAAUUUAUGGAUCAACAUUUCGGUCAAAUCGUACUUAAUCGUAUACAUAACAAAUAACUGCGAGUAACCACAAACACAAAAACAUACUAACGAAGAUGACACGACGAUGCUGGUGAUUCGGCGAAGACCCCUAAAUACAUGGACAACUAACUCCAAACCAACAGUUAGUGCAUGUAAUUGUUGUUGUUUUGUGUUUGUUUGGUCAAAUAUUUUUGUCAACUAAAAGGCAAUAGCAACAACAACAACAGCUACGAGUAGAAGGUGUAAAUAUGGUGAUCGUUACUCUUAAAGAGUAGGCUUAACUAAACUUGGUGUUGUCUCAAAUAAAGAAGUUGGACAAAAACAAAACUCAAAGACUUAAAUCUGCAUAUUUAAAAAUAUUAACUAAAAUGAAAAAAAGACAAGUUUAUAAUGUUUGUUUUCAAUUCGAUCGAUCUUUGGAAAUCACUUAAUUUUUGUAUAAAAGUUAAGAGAUCAUUAAGAAUGAGUAUACAGUGCAGUGUUACAAUUUAAGCAAGAAACAAGUCAAAUAAUCGAAGAAGAACGAACUAUUAAUUUACAAUAAAAAUUUAUUAAACGAAAAAUCUUUAAUCAAAAUGCGCGUAUUCGUUGUGCUAUCAGCUUUUUUGGCUGUCGCUUGUGCCGCUCCUCAAUAUGGUUAUAAACAACCUGAACUCUUAGGUUCUGGACCAUCUGGGGCCUUUAGUGGAUUAUCUCCAGCUAGUUUGCAACCCUCAACACAUGGACAUGGUGGUGAUAAGUAUUUGCCUCCUGCACCUACCACUGCUGCUCCAAUUGUACGCAAACAAUUCUAUGUUGUCUCAGCCCCCGAAGAUGAUGAUAAUCAACCAAAGAAUAAGCACUUGGUUUUGGGUCGUCCACAAAAGAACUACCGUGUUGUAUUCAUUAAAGCUCCCAACUCUGGUGCUGGUAAUGUUAAAUAUUCCGCUGAAUUCGCUCCUCAAGAAGAAAAGACUGUAAUUUAUGUAUUGAGCAAGAAGGACAAUGAAUUAGAUGCUAGUGAUAUUGCUACUCCUGCUCCCACCACCGCCAGCAAACCUGAAGUAUUCUUCAUUAAAUACAAAACCGAUGAGGAAGCUCAACAAGCCCAAAAGGAAAUUCAAGGUGAAUACGACAAAUUAGGAGGCACCAAUGAAGUUGCCGAUGAAACUACCGCCCCUAUUACUUCCGUUAUUGGCUCCUUAGAUGGUCUCAAUCCCGAUGGCAGUUACAACUAUCGUCCUCAAAAUAACAACGUCGGUCAAGCUAGUGGAAAACACCCAGCUGUCCAAGCUCCUAGCUCACAAUACUUGCCAACUUUGUUCAAACACUAGAUCUUGAUCGUAUAACUCGAAUUCAGUGAUCAUCUCUUAACCCAUGCUUUACGUAAAUGUUGAAAAAUUAAUUGUUAAUUGUUUUUUGUUUUAAUUAGUUUUUAAGUUUAGAUAAUGUACAAAUCACGAAUUGUUACCAUACUUCAUAAACAAACAUUUUGUACUAGUAGAAUAAAAAUUUAAUUCAUAAAAAAAAUACUUUUUUUAAUUGCCUCCAAAACAUUUUUUUUAAUAAAUAACAUUUUAUACCUAAUUACACCUGAUGAAAAAUCAAUAUCAAUAAUCAUAUA